CAUUCUUUGUGGGGCUAGGGGAGGGAAUCUCCUUUAUUUUCCUAUUUUAUCGGCCAUCUCGAUCGUUUUUCUUGCUGAUAGCGAGCCAUCGAAAUGACCAACUUUGGUUGAAUGCUUGUGAAACAAAAUGGUGGGAGGGGGGUACUUUUUGACAAAUGCCACGUGCUGGUGUUCCACUCUCUUGUCGAUGAAUCACCAAAUAUAAUUGUUCCUCUCUUGCCCAUUAAUAUGAAAUGGCCUGCAUAAUUGCUGCCUCUCCAAGAUGGCGCUCAUUAAUACCAGCGAUGCAUCACCUGAAGCUUUGAGCGAUGACGUGUCGGCACCGAGGCAACACAUCCGUCCGCCUCGCUCCCAAGACCCGAGCCGGCCUGUUUUCUCGCAGGGGUGGGUUCGCUCCGUCAGAUCCCAGAAGGCCAAUUUGUUCCUGGACCUGAACGAUGGGAGCUGCCUGCGGUCGCUGCAGAUUGUCGCCAGUCCUCAGCUACAUGACCCGCUGCUCACAUUCGGGAGCGCCGUUGAGGUCCAAGGAGUCCUGAAGCAAAGUCUGCACGCGAAGCAGCCCGUGGAACUGGAAGCUGAGCACAUUCACGUGGUUGGAGAAUGCAACCCAUUGGAUUUCCCGUUUAAAAUCAAAGAGCGCCACAAGCCGGACUACAUCCGGCAGUUCCCUCACCUCCGCUGCAGAACAAACACCUUCAGCUCCCUGCUGAGGAUACGCAGCGAGGCCACUUGGGCCGUUCACUCGUAUUUCAAGGACAAUGGCUUUCUGCACAUUCACACGCCCGUCAUCACCUCCAACGACUGCGAGGGGGCGGGCGAGCUUUUUCAGAUUGAGCCUUCCUGUCAGCAGAACAACCAGGACGAGAACUACUUCUCCAUUCCGGCCUACUUGACCGUGUCUGCUCAGCUCCACUUGGAGGUCAUGGCAGGGUCAUUUUCCAGAGUCUACACAUUCGGGCCGACCUUUCGCGCGGAGAACUCCCAGAGCCGGCGCCACCUGGCUGAAUUUUUCAUGGUGGAGGUGGAGCUGGCCUUCAUCCGGUCCAUAGAGGACCUGAUCCAGGUCAUGGAGGAUAUGUUCAAACGGACCACCGAGCGCGUGUUGGACCGCUGCGCUGAAGACGUGGACUUGUUUCAUAAAUACGUGACACCGGGACAGAGGGACACAGUGGAGGCCAUGCUGAAGGAGAGAUUCCCCGUGAUGACCUACAGCGAGGCUGUCAGCAUCUUACAGCGAAGCUCACAAACGUUCGCCUUCCCCACAAACGUGCGUAUCAUCGCCUCGGUCUGGCCGAGCGCCGCCUUGACCUCCCGCUCGCCCUCAUUUCUUCAGUGGGGCUGCGACCUUAAGACGGAGCACGAGAAGUACCUGGUGAAGCACUGCGGCGGGCGUCCGAUCUUUGUCGUCGAUUACCCCUACCAGCUCAAGCCGUUCUACACCAGGGACAACCAGGACCAGCCCGAGCACACGGCGGCCGCCGUUGACCUCCUGGUGCCCGGCGUCGGGGAGGUGUACGGGGGCUCGCUGAGAGAGGAGAGGCUGGACCUGCUGAGGGCUCGCCUGGAAGAGCUUGGAUCAGAAGACGCUUACAACUGGUACUUGGAUUUGAGGCGUUUCGGCUCCGUCCCGCACGGUGGAUUCGGAAUGGGGUUUGAUCGAUACCUGCAAUGCAUUCUGGGAGUGGACAACAUCAAAGACGUGAUUCCUUUCCCCAGAUUUUCACAUUCUUGUCUGCUGUAGCGUCGGCCGUCCCUUUUUAAAUUGCGCCGAGAACAUUUCAAUCCGCUAUUUAAUGUAGUAACUUAAAAAUAUACUACGUCAUUAAAUCUUCAAAUCAUUUAUAGCUGCGGCAUUGAAGGCUGCUGCCACGUCCUCUCCACAAACAUUGAGUUUACACAAUUAUGAACAUGGAAAGCUUCCUGUGUCGCAACACUGCUGCAAAACAGGUGAAAUGUUUACAUUUUAUCCAUACUUUUAAUUAAUGAAGGUCUUCAGUUUUUUUUCUGACUUAUGAGGAAAUUUACAGCAGUAAUUUCUGAAAAGCGUUGUAUGUACCCUAAUGUGGAAACAAAAAAGACAUUUUUGGGAAACGUUUUUUUUAAUAAACUGGAUCAACUAUAAUUGUUUGAUUACAGUCAAGGCCACAACAUUAGGUUUACUAAAGCUACCAUUAUUUUGACAAGUGGAUCAAAAUAUUCUCAGCUCUUUGUUUUGUAUAGGUAUUGCAUUUGUACGCCACAAUAAUAAUAAACAUUAUUUUAUUGAUA